AUGUCCAACCCAGCACUCCCCCUCGCAACCCCUCCCUUCCGCCUAACCCGCCACAAACCCACCAUCUCGCGACACACACUCGACACCAUAAUCGACAGCUCCUUCACCCAGUCCCGCCCAUCCAGCGCAUCGACAACUUCCUCCUUCACAACCGCCUUCUCAAGCCUAGAAGCCGGCUCACCCUUCCGCUAUUACCUCCCACAUAUCAGCACCUCGACUUCCCCAUUCUACACCAAGAGCGAAGCUCACGCAUGCAACCUCGUUCCGUGCACGCCAGGCGUACGAAGUGAGCAAGCCGGUCGCUUCUACCACUAUGUUCCGCGCGGAAGCACAGAGGAGCGAGCCGUGUACGGCGAGGCGAUCGAGCGUGGAACCCGGGUGCAGUCUCGCACGGCACUGCAGCGCGACGCAGCGGGUGAGCAGAAAGUGCCGGGCGCGCCAAAGCAGCUCGUAUCCAGCGACCCGCUGGCGUCCGGGCUGGGGGGAGCUACGAUUCCCCUGGAGAAUACCGCGGGGGCUGAUCUGGCUUGCCGGUCUGGCGACGACGAGGAAAAUGGUACCGUCGAUAAUGGCAGCUACACGGCAGGCGAGACGCUAGACACGUGUGCGUCGACGCCAGGGAUCGUAGGCGGAGAGGCAAGAAAGCAGAGGAGGAAGUUGACGAAAGGGCAGCACAGGAAGCCAGAGACGGUAGCCGAGAUGUCCAAGAAGGUGAGAAGAAUGCUGAAGAAGCUUCGUCUUGGCAGGAAGGCUGCGUAG